AUGCCCGAGCCGUUACUCGAGCGUUCUCCGCGUGCCAGUACGAAUAUUCGCGCCAAUGAACGAAUUCUUCCGGCAAUGAAAUCUCCUAUUGCCAAACAACUUGCCCCUUCUAAACCAAUGCCGCCUACUUCGCCCACACGCGCUCGUGACCACAGAAUGAGCAGCCCAAGGCCUGGUGACAAUUCCAGGCCAAUGCUCGACCCAAAUGCAUCAGCACUGGGGCCCAGACACAAUGAAGACAUCACAUUGGUUCCCAACUCACAGGGCUCCUCGACAGAGGAAGUCUCAAGCCAAGAAGAGACUCAUCCCCUGGCCAAGCCUGCACAGAAGGCCCAGUCGACGACCACGGACGGCCUGACACGUAACGUCACUCCCCCGGUCUCUGUAGAAGCUUCUGUUAGUCGACACCUCGCAUUGGACACGACUCUUACCCAGCCACCAGCAUCCCUUAACGCGCCGAUCUCAGUCCGACCAAGGACGCCUGAUUCGAAAGAUAUCACAAUGACGGGUACUCGGACACCAGGAAGCACAAAAGCUCACCUUCCUGGCCGCGGAGUAAUCAUGUCACCACCUCAUGCUUCAAUGCUCGGGCAGAAGCGAACAGCUAGUGGACAGCUGAAGCAGGGAAGUGCAAGUCUUCCCGCCAGCCCUGAAGUCCGCCACACUGGCCCGAGAGGUCAUGCUCGUCAUUCGAGCCUUGCUUCUCCAGGAAAUUCUAUUGGCGAGCUCUCUGCUCAACUUCGAACGCGGCUUUCUUACGCCAUGGUUAAAGUUCAAAAUGGUUGGCAGUCGCGCACAAUUGAUGAAGUUGAGAAUCUUGCUGCAAAAGAUUCUUCGCCACGUUCUUCAAAUUCGACCAUAUAUGCAGAUGUGGCGGCGCGUAGACCGAAUGAUUCUCAUCCAGGUGCAAAUAAUCGGAGGAACAGCCAUUGGCUCAAGAGUCCUUCGCAGAACGACACAGGGCGGCAUUCUCGUUCGUCUUCUCACGUCUCGAACACUCCACCAGAAAGCACGCCGACUAUCCGUCCUGGCGGUACAGCGUCUAAUCCUAGCUAUGUUGCCACCAAUCAGAGCGCAACGCGCUUGGCUCCCCAGCUGCUUACGCCGCCUGAACAAACGAAGACUUAUGAAGCGUUUUGGCGCUCUCAUCAGUCCGCGAACCCCACCACCGCUGGCUCUUUCUCCAGCCAGGCACCCCAUCUUCGCCAAGCUGACCAUAUAGCGUUGUCUUUGGGGUCUGCUCCAGCCCUGAGCUCUUCGCAACCUUCAUUGGCACCUCCUGUAGAUAUUGUGUCCCGGCAACAUCCGCGUCGCUCGAAUCCCCCAUUGCUCCAAACACCUCCUAAGCUACGAACGUCGGCAAGAAAUCCUGACCCAACACAAGCAAGCACAUCUUCUGCAAGUACUCCGACAAAUCAUCCUGCCAUGGGAUUAGCUACCCCGCCACGACUCCGACUUGGCCAUAUUUCUCUGCGCACGCCGAGUCACAACGCCGCCAUGGAACAAGACGCCGUGGAGACACUACUUUUCAUGUCAAGUCCGGUACAUUCUGGAUAUCAUCCGUCCACUGCGACUUCUUUGGGCUCGCCUCUUCGCACUGAAGCGGAACAGCCUCGGACGGACUCCCGACGGGUCGCAUUUGCGCCCAAUUACCCCUGCCUCGAUGGGACGAGUAGCGACGAAGAGGCAGGGAGCAUAGGAUACCCUGGACCACGCACCCCGGCAUCUGCAGCAGCGGCCGCUGCUGCACGACAUGUACCUAGUCCGCGGACUGCAGGACAUGGAAAAACAACCGAAGCCCACAUUGACCAAUUAUUGGACGCUAUGAGUGAUGAAGCCAGUAGUAGUGAUGGCGAGAUUACUCUCCGCCACCUGAGCCAGGCUGCCUCGGUUUCGUGA